ACCGAAACACACUACAAGCCCCAGUGCGCCACGUAGGCUUUGUUCGGUUAAUUCAAUGUUGUGUGUGUGAGUCUGUGCAGCGUUGUACUGUGUUAUAAAUGCAAUGGCUGGCUCCAGCGUGGACACCACAACCCUGUGCUUGUUUGAUGUCGACGGCACUCUAACCGCGGCUAGACAGAGAGUCACCACCGAGAUGGACUCGUUCCUCCAGAGGCUGAGGCAGAAGGUGAAAGUCGGGGUUGUGGGAGGAUCGGAUUUCGAGAAGAUUAAGGAGCAGCUCGGGGAGGACGUAGUGGAGAAGGUUGAUUAUGUGUUUGCUGAAAACGGCCUGGUCGCAUACAAAGCUGGCAAACUGCUGUCCGUACAGAGUAUACAAGCUCAUCUUGGGGAAGAACUCCUUCAGGACUUUAUCAACUUCUGUUUGAAUUACAUGGCAAAGAUUAAACUGCCCAAGAAAAGAGGGACUUUCAUCGAGUUCCGAAACGGAAUGCUGAACGUGUCACCGGUGGGGCGGAGCUGCAGUCAGGAAGAACGAAUGGAGUUCUUUGAGCUGGAUAAAGAGGACAGAUCAGCUUUGACGUGUUCCCGGAGGGCUGGGAUAAGAGGUACUGCCUGGGCAUCCUGGAAAAGGAUGCAUACGAGAAGAUCCACUUCUUUGGAGAUAAAACCAUGCCGGGGGGUAAUGACUAUGAGAUCUACGCGGACCCCAGGACAACAGGACACGAGGUCUCUUCUCCAGAGGACACCCAGCGCAUCUGUGAGGAGCUCUUCUUCCGGUGAAGCUGUCCCGGGGUGUCUGGUAUGGAUAGGAACCUCCAGCAGAAUGAAGGAACAGUCAAACUGUAAUUCAGGGAGUGCUUUUAAUAUUAAACUGUAAUGCAGCAUCGGAGAAACACACCUCGGAUUCAGGUGCGCUUCUGAUAAAAUCUCACUGUCUUUGUAAUGCAUCUGCCAAUCGUUUUAUGUUCAAAAAACCUGAUUAAAACAAAUGUCUUAACCCAAGAUG